AAGGCAUUAGAUGGCUGAAUGUAAAAAAAAAUAUACACUAAGCAAACUUUUGGAGGCAGUGCAAAUAUUUAAUAAGUUGUUAAACAAUUUGUGUGUAUUACAUAAACGAGAUUUAAUGGUUUCUAACGAAAUGUGAGAUGAACAAGGCAGACAAGAUGUCGGGAGAAGCCAGUAGAGAAACUGAAACCCCAACACUUGGUGAACUCCUUGAAAGUGGUUUCCUACGCUGUUACCUGUGUAAAAAAGUGUACACUGACCCUAGACUGCUUCCAUGUCUCCAUACAUUCUGCAAGGAAUGUAUAGACAAAGUGGUAGAAAUUGAAAACCAGUCUGAAAAUUCUGGAUUCCAGUCUAAAAAUAAUAUAGACUGUGAUUCAAAAAGUGAAGGAGAUAGUGAAGAUGGAAAAUUAGUUGAAUCAAGGACAAGUUCAGAAACAAAUGGAGCAAAAGUGAAUAGAACAAGGAAUAAAACAAUAAUUUGUCCAAUAUGUAAAGCGGAGAUCAGUAUUGGUAACAUAAAACAUGCUGAGUUUCCUGAAAAUACCUUUAUGAAGGAUCUGUGUUUGAUGUAUGAAUACAAGCAUGAGAAAUCUCGUCAAUGUGACUAUUGUCGCUAUGACGGUAAAGUAGUUCCUGCCACCCACUUAUGUCUGGAUUGCCAUGACAACAUGUGUCAGAGCUGCACAGGGGCUCAUCAUAGGACCAAGGUCACAAGGCUUCACAAGGUCGUUCCAUACGAGCAGGCAAGAAAGGGUCUCUAUGACAUAGACAUCCGUCAAUAUCAGAUACAAACCUGCCCCACCCACAAAGAAGAACCAAUGAGCAUGUUUUGUGAGAGGUGUGAAGUUCUCAUCUGCAAAGAAUGCAAGGUGAGCAGCCAUGACAACCAUAAAUGGUGUGAUACAGAGAAAGCAAAACUCAGGUAUGAGGUUCAGAUGAAGAAUCUCCUGAAAGGAAUACAGAACCAGAUUCCUACCAUCCACAACUAUCUUCAGUUCCUGAGCAACUACGAUGCCUCCAUUGUGAGAAAUCGAGAAAAGACAAUUGGUGAUAUCAAGUCACACACUGAAAAACUCCACAAAUUCAUUGAUGAACAGAAGGCUCAAUAUCUGGUAACUUUAAAUGAAGAAACUGACAAAGAAAGAUGUGAAAUACAAGUUAGAAGCUCAAACCUAAAAACUGCAGCCCAAUCACUUGAAAACAAUGAAGAUUUUCUAAGAUUUCUUCUGGAACAUGGCAAACCUGAUGAAAUGCUAUCCUUACAUCGUCCCAUCAACAAGAGACUGACUGAGCUUACACACAUGCAUAUGGAUGGCUUAAAGACAAGACUGAAAGCUAAUUUCCAACUUGGAAACUCUUCCGAAAGGAACCUGCAGACAAUAUUUGGUCGCCUCCAAAUCAGCCGUGAUGAUUUCACACACUCUGAUAGUGGUCUAGCUUCACAAAGUGCCCUGCAGAUUUCCACAAUGCUACCAAAUGUCAAAAACUGCCCUGAACUUGUCCAUGAGCUUGAUGCCAAAGGAAUGUAUGACAAUAAAGAAGUAUGGCCUACUGGUAUUACUGUUACCAAGAAUGGUGAGAUUGUUAUUGUUGACAGAGACAAUAAGGCUGUCAAGGUGUUUGAUCGAGGUGGUAAACUGAAGCAAGAGAUAGCAGGACAGGGAGAAAACAAGCUUGCAACACCUUUCGAUGUUGUUGCCCUCAAAUCUGGAGAAAUUGCUAUAACUGACCAUGAAGCUGAAAAUGUGAAGAUCUUCACAAUGAAGGGGGAUCAUGUUCUGACUAUAACAGAAGGAAUUGAGUAUCCAAGGGGAAUAACUGUCAACUCCAAAGGGCAAAUUAUCAUUCUGGAUUGCCAACUGAGACACAUCACCGUCCAUGAUCCCAAGACUGGCAACCUUAUAAGGACAAUUGGUGGAAAUGAUGGAAAGAAGAACAAGGUCCUGGUAGACCCAUUCUAUGUGACUGUCACACCUCAGGACAACAUCAUAGUCACUGACACAGCAUCGCCACAUCUGAAAUUUUUUGGCCCUACUGGAGAAUACCUUACAACAUAUGGCCAGUAUGGUAUAGGAAAAAACGAAAUUCUGCAGCCGUAUGGAGUUUGCUGUGAUGAAUAUGGCUACAUCUUCAUAGCUGAUAAUCAGAAUCACCGGAUACAUGUGCUCCUCCCUGAUGGGAUGUUUUCUCAGUUCCUUAUCACAAAGGCAGACAAUUGCUGGCAUCCGAUGGGGUUAGCUAUCUCUGAUAAGGGGGAACUAGUGGUCACUGAAGCUCUGGGGAAAGUUAAGGUCUAUAAAUAUCUAUGAAUAGUGUGGGUGUUAGGACACAUAUUUUAGCAAUAUUUAACAGGAACUAAUAAAAUUAUGGACAAAUGCCGGCAUCCGGUGGGGAUAGCUAUGACUGAUAAGGGGGAAUAAGUGUCCACUGAAGCUCUCGGGAAAAUUAAGGUCUAUAAAUACCUCUGAUUAUAGGGGUUUUACGACAAAAACUUUGGCAAUAUUUAACAGGAACUAUUAAAAUUAGGGACAAAUGCAGGCAUCCAACGGGGUUAGCUAUGACUGAUAAGGGGGAAUUAGUGGUCACUGAAGCUUUCAGGAAAAUUAAGGUCUAUAAAUACCUCUGAUUAUAGGGGUUUUAUGACAAAAACUUUGGCAAUAUUUAACAGGAAUUAUUAAAAUUAUUUGCAAUUGCUGGCACCCUAUUGGGUUAGCUGUGACUGAUGAAGGUAAAUUUGUGAUCAUCGAAGUUCUUGCGAAGGUUAUUGUCUAUAAUUACCUGUGAGAAAAGGGUUCUAGAAACAUUUUUUUUUUAUUUAGCAUAGCAAUAUUUUUCUUUUGCAUUCCUUACUGAGCUUUAAGACUGUUACAGGUACUUGCUCAUGUUUUUGUUAAAUGCACAUUUUUUGUAUGACAAAAUAAAGUGUGGCAAAUCAUUAGUAGUGUUAAAACUAACAAACCAAAAGCUGGAGCACUUUAGCAAAUCUUGAUAUUUGCUCAAGUAUCGUCAUUGAGGACCACAAUUUUCAUUAGCUAACCCUAACACGCAAUUUGUCACUUAAUUGCAGAUUUGUUUUUGUGUGAUUGUUGAUUGACAUUAUCAUGUGAUCAUAUUUAUGUAUUGUUAAGAGGUAAAAAUAUCCACCACUUUUGUUAAAGUCCUGGUGGCCUUGUGGUAAAGGCAUCAUUUUUGUAGUUUUUUCAUGACUUUACUGACAUGGAUUCGCACCCAACAAAAACAAAAAUUCUUUUUUAUAACUAUUUUUUUCUGCAAUUUCAAUAUCAUAGAGUAAAAUAAUGAUUAAAUAAGUGUUUUCAGAUGCAUAUAACCAGGAAAACUAGUUUUUUUGUUUAAAAAAACAUGAGCGAGUACCUUUAACAUGUUAUCAUAUAUAUAUUAGAUGCAGCGUUGCGUAAACAAUUGAUGCUUUCUCAACUUUUGUAAAAGUUAGCAAUGAUGUUUAUUGAUUUGUCAAUACUUAUCCAAUAGUUUUUUCCAUCACUUAUGUCAUUAAAAGGUGCAACCUAACUAAAAGAUAUAACCUCUGUACAACUACUAUACAACUAUUAUACAAUUGACAAUUGACAUCUGGUUGUUGUUCCUUGAUUUUAGUUUAAAAAAAAAUCCUUAUGCAUGUUUAAGACUUAAC